AUGAAGGUCGCUACCAUCAUCAUGUCCGUUGCUGGUGUUGCCAGUGCAGCUAUCGUAAAACUUGACAGCCCAAGCAUUGGUUUCUGCUUCGCGGACCUCUCCGUGCAGGAUCUUCGCCGCCUUCUUGGAUGUUCCGUCGUCGGCUUGUCUCGCAACACCAAGCUGGACCUCAUCUUCGACAGGCCGGUGGCAGCAUUGCUCGAAGUCGUUCUGCUUGGAGCUUCCUUCGCCGCUUGUUGUCCGCACCUCACUCAGGCGGACAGCACUAAGAGUCCUGCCCAAGUCGCCCUCACAGAUCAGCUGGCUGCGCCCGCCGCAAGGCACCGGAGCCUUAAAUAUGCUGAUCUGUGGGACCAUUUGGCCCCUGGACAUGUCAACAGAAUCGAAGACCCGGCCGCGACACAGAAGAAGGAGCAUAGUCGGCUGCCUUUCAAGAGUAAGAAGACUACCGACAAUGCGGCGGACAUCAACAGAAUCAAGGACCCCAAUGCACCACACGAUCCGGCUAUGGCACCUCGAUACGGACAUGUCGCAUAUAGAGGGCAUGAUUAA